AUGGCUGCGAUUCAUCGCUUUGCCGUGCUGCUGCUAGCCGUAGUCGCGGUAUGCCACGUCAGCCACGUGUCAGCACUCAACCCCGGGGAAGUGGGGAGAGCCAUUGACUUCAUCGGAAAGCGGCCGGAAUACAAGGCAAUCUUCAAAUUCGUAGACGACUAUUUGAAAUCUCUCAUUCCGCUGACCGACCUGACCGUUCUGCUGCCCGCGAACAUCGCACUGCUUCGCAACUACACCAAGGACGAGCAGACGACGAUUCUGUCGUACAACACCAUCGCCACGCGCUACCUCUUCCGCAACCUCACCGGCUUGCCGGCCGGCACGGAGCUCGACACUCUCGAGGGCGACACGGUCAUCAAGCGCGGCCCCAAGGGCCUGCCGGCCAUCACGUUCAAAGGCGCAGCGAAACUGCCGAGCGUCGUGGCGAUUCCGAACCUGUGGGUUGGUACGGACUUCACGAUCCAGGGCACGAGCACGCUGCUCAUCCCGCCGGCGCUGCUGACGCCCGAGGCUGACACCAUCCGCGCCGUAGUCGCGGUAUGCCACGUCAGCCACGUGUCAGCACUCAAUCCUGGAGAAGUGGGGCGAGCCAUUGACUUAAUCGGGAAGCGGCCGGAAUACAAGGCAAUCCACAAAUUCGUCGACGAUUAUUUGAAAUCUCUCAUUCCACUGACCGACCUGACCAUUCUGCUGCCCGCCAAUAUCGCUCUGCUUCGAAACUACACCAAGGACGAGCAGACAACAAUCUUAUCAUACAACACAAUCUCGACGCGUUAUCUCUUCCGCAAUCUCACCGACAUGCCGACCGGCACGGAGCUCGACACUCUCGAGGGAAACAUGAUCACGAAGCGCGGCCCCAAGGGCCUGCCGACCGUUGUAUUCAAAGGCGCGGCGAAACUGCCGAGCGCGCUGGCUGUGCCGAACCUGUGGGUUGGUACGGACUUCACGAUCCAGGGCACGAGCACGCUGCUCAUCCCACCAGAGCUGCUGACGCCCGAGGCUGACACCAUCCGCGGUGCGGUCCGAGCUCGCAGCAGUGGCACCAGCGGUAGUAGUAGCCCUGGCGGGCCUCUCCGCGGUGGCGCCGCACCUGGCGGCGCUAAGACGCCUGGAGAUGCUAUUAUCGAGGAUGAAGGUGAAGACGACGAUGACGAUUUAAUCGAGGUUCUGCAAGAGGUCGCGAAGAUGGGGAACUACAGCUACUUCGCUAACCAACUCUUGUCCUCACAGGCGCUUCCCACGUUCCCGAAGCCGCCCAAACCGGGCAAAGGAGGCGGCUUUCGAUUGAUCAAGAAAAAGCGAACCAUUUUCAUGCCAGUCGACACGGGAAUGAUUCGCGUGACGCUCCAAUCUUACCCGCGGGACGUGGCGAUGAAGAUUUUCAGAUUUCAUAUCGCGAAGGGGUUGUACGAUUUUAUGGAGCUUAAAGCGAUGCCUUCCCAAUCGAAGAUUCCGACGUACGAAGGCGGGAUGAUCACGAAGGUUUCGCGAAAGAACACGAAACUUAUCGUGCAGCUGAAAGGGAGGGGGUUUAUUCCGACGACGAUUGUAUCAGGCGACAUGCAGCGAGGACGUAACACCAUCGUUCACGGCAUCACAUCCAUCAUGCUUCCGCCAGACUUGUAA